AUGCUUGGAGAGAAGAAAAAAGUUAUUCUUGUCCUCCUCAUCCUCCUCUCUCCCACCUCCUACUUCUCAAUUUCCCUCUUCUUCCUUCUUUUCUUCUUCUUCUUCUUCCCUCUUCUUCUUCCCUCUUUUUCUUCUUCUUCUUCUUCUUCUUCUUCUUCUUCUUCUUCUUCUUCUUCUUCUUCUUCUUCUUCCUUUACCUUCUCCUGUUCUUCUCUUCUUACAACUUCAUCUUCUUCUCUUCUUCCUUCUCUGUAUUCUUCUCUUCCUCAUUCUUCACCAUCCUCCUUCCUUUCUGCUUUUUUUUCUCAUUUACUUUUUGUUUUCUUCUUCUCUUCCUCCUUCUCCUUCAUCUUCCUCUUCCUUUUUCUUUUUCUUCUUCAUUUUCCUCUUUCUUUUCUCAUCCUGCAACUUCUCCAUUUUCUUCCUCUCUCUUAUCUCUAUUCCCUUCUCUUUCUCCUCUCUCUUUUUCUUCCUCUCCUCUUUUUCUUUUCUUCUUCCACUUUAUCCUUCUUCCUCCUCCUCAUGUUGAGGAUCCUCCUUGUCAUCAAUCAAUCUAUCUAUCUAUCUACCUAUCUAAAUUUGUUUCUUAUCUAUAAUAGUACAUAUCUAUCUAUCUAUCUCUAUCUAUCUAUCUAUCUAUCUAUCUAUCUCAUUUUGUUCUUAUCUAUAAUAGCACAUCUGUAUCUAUCUAUCCCAGUCUUUUCAUAUCUAUCUAUCUAUCUAUCUCAGUCUGUACAUAUCUAUCUUUGUAUGAUUUUCUAG